CCGCUCCACCUCGCUGAACAAAACCUCAAAUCCCUGGAAUCCCAGCCCUCUCCAGGUACCCCAGGUGGAAUCCCAGCCCUCUCCAGGUACCCCAGGUGGAAUUCCAGCCCAUUCCAGGUAUCCCAGCCCAUCCCAGGUGGAAUUCCAGCCCUCUCCAGGUAUCCCAGAUGGAAUCCCAGCCCAUUCCAGGUAUCCCAGGUGGAAUCCCAGCCCAUUCCAGGUAUCCCAGAUGGAAUCCCAGCCAUGUCCAGGUAUCCCAGGUGGAAUCCCAGCCCUCUCCAGGUAUCCCAGGCGGAAUCCCAGCCCUCUCCAGGUACCCCAGCCCAUCCCAGAUGGAAUUCCAGCCCAUCCCAGGUAUCCCAGGUGGAAUCCCAUCCCUCUCCAGGUACCCCAGCCCAUCCCAGGUGGAAUUCCAGCUCAUUCCAGGUAUCCCAGAUGGAAUCCCAGCCCAUUCCAGGUAUCCCAGGUGGAAUCCCAGCCCAUUCCAGGUAUCCCAGCCCCGUCCCAGUUGGAAUUCCCGGGAUUACCGGAGGGUGAAGGGCAUGGUGUCGAAGCGCCGCUCCACCUCGCUGAACAAAACCUCAAAUCCCUGGAAUCCCAGCCCUCUCCAGGUAUCCCAGGUGGAAUUCCAGCCCACUCCAGGUAUCCCAGGUGGAAUCCCAGCCCACUCCAGGUAUCCCAGCCCAUCCCAGGUGGAAUUCCAGCCAUGUCCAGGUAUCCCAGAUGGAAUCCCAGCCCAUUCCAGGUAUCCCAGCCCCGUCCCAGGUGGAAUCCCAGCCCAUUCCAGGUGGAAUCCCAGCCCACUCCAGGUAUCCCAGAUGGAAUCCCAGCCCUCUCCAGGUAUUCCAGCCCUGUCCCAGUUGGAAUUCCCGGGAUUACCGGAGGGUGAAGGGCAUGGUGUCGAAGCGCCGCUCCACCUCGCUGAACAAAACCUCAAAUCCCUGGAAUCCCAGCCCACUCCAGGUAUCCCAGGUGGAAUUCCAGCCCACUCCAGGUAUCCCAGGUGGAAUUCCAGCUCAUUCCAGGUAUCCCAGGUGGAAUUCCAGCCCUCUCCAGGUAUCCCAGGUGGAAUCCCAGCCCUCUCCAGGUAUCCCAGGUGGAAUUCCAGCCCACCAGCCCUCCCAGGGUGA